CCUUAUAUCUCAGAAUCCGAAAACUCUGACAAUGUUAUUGAAUCCGAUGAUAACGAAGUCGAUAUUGAAGAAAUUAGCGAUAUCAGUGAAAAAAAUCCAUCUUAUCAUCAAACAACAGCAAGUAGGUCAAACGACUUUAUUCCAUUAGAGCAAAAAGUUCGACAAUGGAGGCAAGGUGUUAAUAUCGAAUCAAGUUCGGCGACAAUUGAAGAUAAUCUUGAGUCAAAAGUUAUGAGAAAAUCUUCAAAUGACGACGCGUUUCAUACAAAUCAAACAAAUCUCUAUCAAAAUAUGGGAGGAUUUAGUUCAAAAGUUGUAAAAAAUGCCCAUUAUUCUUCGCCAAAACAUCUAGCAUCUCAUAAACAACCUGAAAUUAAUUGUCGAUCAGCCCGUUCGAUUUCAAUCUCUUCAAGAGAUUUUUCGAAUUCUGAAUAUAAUAAUUAUAAUAAUUCUAGUGCGAAUUAUAGCAUAAAUCCCUAUAAAUUAUCUGAUUUCAUUGAUGACUCAAAAUAUAAAAUUGAUUAUAAUGCAACAAAAAGACCAAAAUUAGAUAAGUCAAUUUCCUUUCCAGAAGUACAACAAAAUAAUCAACAAGAAGAAACUCAGUCACGGUUUA